CGGUUCCCUGCAGGAGCCCAACACCAUUCCCGCCGCCACGAUGAUCCCUCCGAGUGGAGCCCGCGAGGACAGCAGGGACGGGCUGACCGGGGAGGCAACCGGCACAGAGCAGCCGCCCUCUCCUGCGUCCACCAGCAGCCUGGAAUCCAAGCUCCAGAAACUAAAACGGUCACUUUCUUUCAAGACCAAGAGCUUGCGGAGCAAAAGCGCUGACGACUUCUUCCCGAGAACCAACAGUGACGUGAAAUUGCAAGCUGACCUGCUGGCCAAGGCCAGCCCGGGCCCCAGCCCAAUACCCAUCCCUGGAAGCCCUGCAUCCAUGCCCACCAGGGCUGGCCUGCACCCCGGCAGCAGCAACAAGGCCCACACCUUUCAGGAGCAUGUCUUUAAGAAGCCCACCUUCUGUGAUGUCUGCAACCACAUGAUCGUGGGAACACAUGCUAAGCAUGGACUGCGCUGUGGGGCCUGUAAGAUGAGCAUCCAUCACAAGUGUGCGGAUGGGCUGGCACCUCAGCGGUGCAUGGGCAAGCUGCCAAAGGGAUUUCGGCGUUACUACAGCUCCCCUUUGCUCAUUCAUGAACAGUUUGGAUGCAUUAAAGAAGUUAUGCCCAUUGCUUGUGGCAAUAAGGUGGACCCCGUGUAUGAGGCCCUCCGAUUUGGCACUUCCCUGGCCCAGAGAACGAAGAAGGCCAGCUCAGGCAGUGGUUCUGACUCACCCCCCAGAACCUCGACAUCAGAACUCGUGGAAGUUCCUGAAGAGACUGAUGGACCAGGAGAUGGAUCUGACCUCAGGACACGCAGCAACAGUGUGUUUACAUAUCCAGAAAAUGGCACCAAUGACUUCAGAGACCAAGUAAAGACCAUAAACCACCAGGGACCUCUUUCCAAAGACCCAUUACAGAUGAACACCUACGUUGCCUUGUACAGAUUUGUACCCCAAGAGAAUGAAGACUUGGAAAUGAGGCCGGGAGACAUGAUUACUCUUCUAGAAGACUCCAAUGAAGAUUGGUGGAAAGGAAAGAUUCGGGACAGAGUUGGUUUCUUUCCAGCCAACUUUGUUCAGAGAGUAGAGCAGCAUGAGAGGAUUUAUAGGUGUGUUAGAACCUUCAUCGGCUGCAAGGACCAGGGACAGAUAACACUGAAAGAGAACCAGAUCUGUGUGACUUCUGAGGAAGAACAGGACGGCUUCAUCAGAGUCCUCAGCGGGAAGAAGAGAGGCCUCGUCCCGCUGGACGUCCUGGCAAACGUGUGACUGUGGCAUUCCCUCCACGUGCAGGAGGCCAGCUCUGCUGAUCUCACUGUGUCCACCCAGAGGAGCAGCUGCACUGACAAGUGCCCAGGAAACAGGGAGACUUGAAUAGCUGAGACUGUGGUAGCAAUCUGGAAGCAGACCCACUGCACAGCACAUCCAGGAUGCCAGAGAGCAGCAUCCCAGAGCUGAGGGCCGCUGGGGGCAGUAAGUGGGCUGUAGCCAAGGCUGCCCCAGGACUCAGCUCCCUCCCUGCCCACCUGUGCAAGGCUGGAGUAUGCUCCAGGUCAUGGUGUGGUCCUAGUGAAAAGUUUGGAUCUGAGUAGCCAGGUGUUGCUCUGGUUCCGGAUUAUUGCCCCCAAUGCUGGCCAAUCAACAUGACGACUCCUGCAGAGAAUCAAGAAGGCCAACCUCCCAGUUGCCAACAUCCCAGGCCUCACUCCAGCUCCUGCUCAGUCUGUGACUCUGCUGGCAGGAUUGUUCUUUCUUUCUCUUCAGUCCUUGGAGCACAUCCUAGGCAGGGCUGAACCGACGCCAUACCAAGCACAGAGAUCUGACUUACCUACAGAUGCUUGCCGGGGAGUCCUUGCUACUUCAGUGACUCACAGAGGUGGCAGCCAAGUCAGAGGCCCAGAAAGAAGCAAGCAGCAGUAAGAAGUGGGAGUGAGGACAGGGAAGGAGUCCUUAUGCAUCGGGACUAGACAGCCCUUCAGAAGGGGUGCUCUUUCCCAAAGCAGGUGGGGCUGGGAACGGGAAGUAGCUGAGAGUUUCCAUUUUCAUUUCAUACCCUCUGCAUCAGGAGCAUGACUUCUUCCCUCCCUCGUGCAGCCUGUAGGACUCCAUGGAGGAGGAUGAGUCCACUGUGCAGGGGACCAGGGACAGGGGAGCACCUGAGAAAAACAUCCUAGAAUAAAUGUAGCCAACUUAGAAUCCAUUCUUCUCUAGGGCAGCAUUUUCAGCUCCGGCAGGUGGGAAGUGGAAAUGAACCUGUGAUGCUUCAUCUCUCUGCAUACAGAGGAAGCUGGAGCUUAGCUCACAUCACCUAGGGAAAUUGCUCUCUACCUGUACCGAUGUUUACAAGAACAUACACACUGCGAUGCCUUCCUCCCAAGCCCGGUCCCAGCUCUCAGACUUGCUUCCUAGCAGUCACUUACGUGUCUCAAUGUGAUUCACAGUGACUUUGAAAUUAAUGUUGCUUUGAUUUAUUUUGCCACUGAGCAAUAAAAUCAUUAGAAUCAUUGG